AUGAGCGGGUUGUUCGGCUGGGCAACCGAUGCCUUGGCAUCUGUCACAUCUUCCGUGAUGGCUCCUUUCCGAGGAGGUGCGGCUCCACCAUUGGCCGCACACGAGUUCCAGGUGCCGAAGACGCGAAACCCGCAAGUGAAGAAGCGCGCGCAGCCGAAAAGGCGGGUGCAGCAGCGCAAGCAGGUGGAUGAGUCUCGAGGGGAGGAGAGUGCGAGUGUAUAUGAGCCGGACGAGGGCACGAAGCUGAUUUUGGCGCGGAUGGCGGAGGCUGCGGAGCAGCGUGCGGCCGAGGAGGCGGCUGAGGAAGAGGCGGAGCAGGAGCGAAUCGCGGCUCGUGCGGCAGCCUUGGCGAAUUCGGUGGUGAAAGAUUUGCCUGCGGACCCGUUGAAGAAGGAGCGCGAGACAGUGCUGGCGGACUUGAAGAAGCGCUUAACGGCGAUCGGGACGGGCGAGGGGUUGCGCUACGAGCAGUUGUUGGACCAGGUGUCUCAGUUGCACGGCCAAUUCGACGACCUGAAUGCGACGAUUGACGACCAGAUCCGCGCGAUGCAGAAAAAAUGUCCGCGGGUGCCCUCGGAUAAGGCGCAGAAGACCAUCGAGGAGUUACGAGAUAUGGUGCAGACGGAGGAGCUUAAGGCGGAACCGAACGACCUAGAGAUAAACAGUCUGAUUUCGGGAUUAGUUGCCGUCAUUUCGCAGCAGAAUCAGCGUGUCUGGCAGGACCGGAUGUAUGACUUGAUGAACGAUGUGGCGUCUGCUCGUGCGUCGCUGGUCUACAACGUGGAGAAGGCUCGUGAGAAUGACUCGUUGAACCGGGCUCUGGAUCGCUUAAGUAUGUUGUUUGACUCUUAUGAGAAGCCGGUUAAGUUGGUCAAGGAGAAGGUGGUGGGUCAGAACCUGGAAGUGCCUGUGGAGUUUAACCGCAUCACGCCGUUUUCUCGCAAGAUAGAGCGACGUUUUAAGUGCAUCAUUAUGCCCGUUGGGCGACGCAGUUCUGUUGCCACACGAACUUCCCUCCGUGUUUGGGGUUACAAAGAGGAGGUGGCGGACUGUGUGGAGUGGAUGAAGAGCUGUGACUGGACCGGUGGUGCAAGUCGCGCGUAUGACCGACGAGUGGCGGGCAUGAUUAUAGGUCGCGCAGGUGCGACCAUAACGCAGAUUGAGCAGGACACCGGCACGAUUUUGAACCUGGACAACAACAACCUACUGACCGUCUACGGCCCCGCGGCGGCCGUGGAGGAGGUCUGGAAGCGUGUGGAUGAGCUCAAGGCGGACACACGUGUAGCUCAGACCACUGAGAACUUUACGAUCGACCCGCGCGUUGGUCGGGCGAUCGUGAGUGUGCACCGACCCGUGAUGUCAGCGAUCGAGGCAAGUCACAAGGCUCGCGUGACCGUGCUGCUUCAACCCGAUGAUGGCAAGCCGCGUAUAAUCAUGCGUUGUCCGGCGGAGAAGGCGGAGGAAUGUCGUAAAGAGGUGUGCGAAAAGUUGGUCGAAAACUUUGUCAUCCUUGAGUACACGGCAUCUGCAAGAGCCAUCUCGCGAGUACUGGCACCGUCUAAACAGGUUACCAGCCGUGCGUUCCAGAUCAACAACCAGUUCAAGACGUUGCAGCAGACAUACGGAUUAUUCGCGCAGCGCGAAGAAAUGCCCGAAAUGAGCGACAUGAGCUGUCUCUGGGUUAUCUGUGCCAAGAGCGACAAAGCGGCGGUGAAUGAGGGACUGAUACGGUUGUUAGAUUCGGCAGAGUAUACGGUUGAGCGUAUUUCGAUCAUGCGCGAGCAGCAGCGUGUUUUCAACGCCGAAAACCGAAGUUUGAUCGAGGCCUCGAGUGGUUGUCAAGUGAGUAUUCAAAACAACCCGCAGGAGGGAGCCCGCCUCAAUUUGGUCGGUUCCGCGGAGGAGAUUAAGCAGGCGAAAACAAUCAUCGAACAGAUUCUGGAGGAACAGGGUGCCGUUGAAACGCUGAAGCUCGAAGGCCCCGCAACUGUUGACUACCUGUUGCGCGACCGAGGCGCUAUGAUCCGUGCUCUCGAAGACAUGCACGCCGUGUCCAUACACGUUGAUCGCACACUGAAUACGGCGCGCAUCGUGGGAGACCGGAAUGCAAUCGAAGAGACGGUGCAGGAAAUCAAGGAUGUGGAGGCCGAACAAGCUAAAGCCAGUGCUGACACCAUACGGCUCGUCAUCUCCAUCAACGGGGAUCGGGUGCCCAUGCUCAUUGGCCGAGGUGGAUCAACCAUUCAACAAAUUCGCCGCAUCCCCGGCGUACAAAGCAUCGAAGUCCCCAAUGACGUAGACCCUGACAGCACAGUUGAAAUCGUCCUCGUUGGACGAACAGCCGCUCUUGAAGAAGCAGAGGCCUUCAUUGAAGACCUCGUCAGCAGACAACCGCGACAGACACAAACUGAACCAGUCGACUACGCCAAACGUGCCGGUCGAGGCCGCGGCCGAGGCCGUGCACGGGAACGCGACACCGCUUCCACCGACACCCCCACUGCCGUAGCCACCCCCCUCGCUGGCUACCACAUGGACGCCGCCGCCUUCCCGCCUCUCGCCUUCGCCGACGCCUGA